GUCCCGUGCUUGGCCUCCGCCUCGACAUGCUCCGACUGGGUGCGCUUCGGGUGCGGAGCCUCCCGCUGCGGGGCUCCCCCGGGCGCCCAAGCUCAGCGGGCCUCCGGGAAGGACAGGAGAGCCCACCCUCGGCCCCAGAAUGGAAGGACAGAGCAGAGACCGUGAUCAUUGGAGGCGGCUGUGUGGGCGUGAGUCUGGCUUAUCAUCUGGCCAAGGCAGGGAUGAAAGAUGUGGUCCUGCUGGAGAAGUCGGAGCUGACUGCUGGCUCUACCUGGCACGCAGCAGGUCUAACAACUUACUUCCACCCUGGGAUAAACCUGAAGAAAAUACAUUAUGAUAGCAUCAAACUUUACGAGAGGCUGGAAGAAGAAACUGGACAGGCGGUGGGAUUCCAUCAGCCAGGCAGCAUCAGACUUGCGACGACUCCUGUAAGGGUGGAUGAAUUUAAAUAUCAAAUGACACGGACCAACUGGCACGCAACAGAACAGUACAUGAUUGGGCCCGAAAAAAUCCACGAGAUGUUCCCUUUACUCAACAUGAACAAGAUUUUAGCCGGACUGUAUAACCCAGGAGAUGGUCACAUUGAUCCUUAUUCUCUGACGAUGGCCCUGGCUGCUGGGGCCAGGAAAUACGGGGCCCUUCUAAAGUAUCCUGCGCCAGUGACGUCUCUGAAGCCCAGGUCAGAUGGAGCAUGGGAUGUGGAGACUCCACAAGGAUCUGUGAGAGCAAACAGAAUUGUGAAUGCUGCAGGAUUUUGGGCUCGUGAAGUGGGUAAAAUGAUUGGACUAGAACAUCCCCUCAUCCCUGUGCAACAUCAAUAUGUCGUCACAUCAACAAUACCGGAAGUGAAGGCUUUGAAGAGAGAGCUCCCGGUGCUCCGUGACCUGGAGGGAUCCUACUACCUCCGACAGGAAAGGGAUGGGCUUUUGUUCGGUCCCUAUGAGAGUCAGGAGAAGAUGAAACUUCAAGCCUCCUGGGUCGAUCACGGAGUUCCCCCAGGCUUUGGAAAGGAACUUUUUGAGUCUGACCUGGACCGAAUCACAGACCACCUAGAGGCUGCCAUGGAAAUGAUUCCUGUUCUGAAAAAGGCGGACAUCAUCAAUAUCGUCAACGGUCCUAUCACCUACUCUCCCGACAUUCUGCCUAUGGUGGGGCCACACCAGGGGGUCCGAAACUACUGGGUGGCCAUUGGCUUUGGCUACGGCAUAAUCCACGCUGGUGGUGUAGGAAAGUACCUCAGUGACUGGAUCCUGCACGGAGAGCCGCCUUUUGACCUGAUAGAACUGGAUCCCAACCGUUACGGCAAAUGGACGACGGCUCAGUACACCGAGGCCAAAGCCAGAGAAUCUUAUGGGUUCAACAACAUUGUUGGUUAUCCCAAGGAAGAACGGUUUGCUGGGAGGCCAACGCAGAGAGUCAGUGGGCUCUACAAAAUCCUGGAGUCUAAGUGUUCCAUGGGUUUCCACGCUGGCUGGGAACAGCCACACUGGUUCUACAGACCUGGCCAGGACACUCAGUAUAGGCCAAGUUUCCGCCGCACAAACUGGUUUGAGCCGGUGGGCUCUGAGUACAAACAGGUUAUGCAAAGGGUUGGUGUGAUUGACCUGUCUCCAUUUGGCAAGUUCAACAUCAAAGGCCAAGAUUCCAUUCGACUUCUGGACCAUCUCUUUGCAAAUGCCAUCCCCAAGGUGGGUUUUACAAACAUAAGUCACAUGUUGACGCCCAAAGGUCGGGUGUACGCUGAGCUGACUGUUUCCCACCAGUCUCCUGGGGAGUUCCUGUUGAUCACUGGCUCUGGAUCCGAACUUCACGACCUUAGAUGGAUUGAAGAAGCGGCCGUCAGGGGUGGAUAUGAUGUUGAAAUUCAAAACAUAACCGAUGAGCUUGGGGUCCUGGGAGUUGCAGGGCCAUUCGCAAGGACAGUCCUUCAGAAGCUGACCUCAGAAGAUCUCAACGAUGAUGUUUUCAAGUUUCUUCAAACCAAGUCUUUAAAGGUGUCUGGCAUCCCUGUCACUGCUAUCAGGAUCUCUUACACUGGUGAGCUGGGAUGGGAGCUGUACCACAGACGGGAAGAUUCCUCAGCGCUUUAUGAGUGUAUCAUGAACGCGGGCCAGCAGGAGGGGAUCGACAAUUUUGGAACAUACGCCCUGAAUGCCUUGAGACUGGAGAAGGCUUUCCGAGCCUGGGGGUCAGAGAUGAACUGUGAUACAAACCCCUUGGAAGCGGGACUGGAAUAUUUUAUCAAGCUGAAUAAGCCAGCCGACUUCAUAGGGAAGCAGGCACUGAAGCAGAUUAAAGCCAAGGGGCUGUCGCGGAGACUGGUCUGCCUCACCUUGGCAACGGAGGACGUGGAUCCGGAGGGAAAUGAAAGCAUUUGGUACAAGGGCAAGGUGGUCGGCAACACAACUUCCGGAAGCUAUAGCUACAGCAUCCAGAAGAGCCUGGCCUUCGCUUAUGUUCCAGUGGAGCUCAGUGGAGUGGGACAGCAGGUGGAGGUUGAAUUACUGGGUAAAAACUACCCAGCAACCAUCAUACAAGAACCCCUGGUGCUCACAGAACCUGCCAGAACCAGGCUUCAAAGAGACGGUAGAAAGACAAAGACUUGAGAAGGAUCCGCUCCGGCGGCGGCUGAGCUGGAGCUGACAGGACUGCUCUCGAGCCCCCUCCUGCCACGAUGGAGGUAGCCAAGACUUCAAAGUCAUCAAGAUCUAGACCUUUAUCUUAGUUUAAAAAA